CACUCAGCCUCUCACGAAGCAACUCAAUCGAUAGUCGUCGCUCUUCAAAAAUAUUCGCCCAUUCAUUCUUAGUUCACACCAAUGACUUACCAAACCAAAUCUUGGGGUUCAAAUUUUCCCACAACUAGUAGUAGUACUACUAAUGACCCAGUAAUAGUGGAACGGAUAGGGAGGUUGGCGGCGGCGAACGCGGUGGUGAUAUUCAGCAUAAGCACAUGUUCCAUGUGUCACGCCGUGAAGAAGCUGUUUCGCAACAUGGGUGUCAACCCGACGGUUUACGAGCUGGACGAGGACCCCAACCGAUCGGGCAGAGAGAUGGAAAGGGCUCUGAUUGGGCUCAUUGGGGCGAUACCUGUGGUGUUCAUUGGAGGCAAAUUGGUGGGUGAUACGGACAGAGUCAUGGCUUGUCAUAUCAGCGGCACUCUCGUCCCACUUCUCAAGGACGCUGGUGCUCUCUGGCUUUGAUCAUGAGAGAGAGAGAGAGAGAGAGAGAGAGAGAGAGAGAGAGAGAGAGAGAGAGAAUAUACUCCCUAUGAAACUUACUAGUUACUACUAACACAGAGGAAUAAGUACUUCUACUGAAGAAGAGGAAGAGGAGUGGGUUUCUGACUCUGCCCAUUUUGGUUGAUUUUCUAUUCCCCUGUUUUCUGUUUUCUCUUUCAGUUGGGUCGUCGUCUUCUUCUUUUUUUUUUUUUUUUGGGCUCUAUCUAAUAUGGGUCGCAGACAGAAAUGUAAUUUCGCUCCCUCAUAUACGAGAAACAACUGGAACAAUAGAAGAAAAAAGAGAUGAAUUAUUAUUAUG